AUGGCUUCAUAUCUCCACGAAUCCCUGAAACUUCUAUAUGAAUACCUGGAGAAUUUCAAUAUCUCACUUGAUCUAAUACAAAGGCUUGCUCAAUUUCUUAAGUUAGACACGUUCAUCGACUCGGAAGUGCAAGAUCCCCAGACCAAACAGUCAGUCAAGAGACUAUCGAUUGCCGGGUCCUUGCUCUUGGUCGAUAUAGAUUUCAUUGACUCUCACACGGUGACGAAAGUGGCAUUGGCUCUGGGGAACCAUUCAACCAGUGCUGUGAGCUCUGCCCACUCAGAAGAAAAUGCCGUAAUCUCCACUACUAAGGUGGACGACACCACUGUUGUCAGAGUCAAUUUUCUCGAGGCGAACUUCGUUUCUUUUUUGAAUAUAAGAAACGACAAUGAUGCGUCUGUUGCUGAAAACAUAUUAAAAGAGAAUCUUCGUGGUCCCAAGCUUGGGAAGUUUCCACUGAACCUCAAAUACUUGGCGAAUCUCGACCGAUUGUCGCCUCCCGAAGGCGACUUAGUCUUAUACUUAGACAAUAUUGCUAAGUACUUGGAAGUCGUUCACAUGCAAGAAUGUAAGUUGAGGCCAGAAGACGAAGAUAUUAGAUCAGGCCAGUCUAGCAUCAUUGGCAAGUUGAUGUAUAACGACACCCAGUCCCUUGAGCUCGGGGUGUUCCUCCAGUUUUGGAAGACAAAAAAUAGGACAAAAAGUUCUCAGUAUAACGAAGUUAUUGAACACCAGACCUACGUUGGCCGCCUUUCAGUUAUCGAAUCAGAGGGCCCUAAUAGAGAUUACCUCAAAGAGGCAACGAAAUCUCUCUGGGAACCGCGGGAUCAAGAAAACGCAAGUCUUGAGUACAAGAUUACAUUUGAUGAUGAAAAGCAUUUGCCAAAGGGUGUGAGCGUUUGCGGCCCGAAUAACAAACAGUGGGAACUACAAUUCAAUCUCAAUCACCCGGUCUACCUACCGAGAGAAAUCAUCGAUUAUCUCGGAUUCGACAAAUAUGAGGUUGCAAAUGACACUGAUCUCAAAGAGGUGUUUGACAAAAUUAUUGAAUUUGGGUCGGUAGAUUUGAUGUCAGAACUGAAAAAUCUUAGAGUUCAGCUUGAUCUUAAAGGGUUUUCAGACUAUAUUCCUCUUACAUCAGUGUCAUUACCCAGCUUGAACAGCAUUGCAAAACUCUUGCCAUCGUUAAGAAAUCACAUCCUACUCUCCACUUGGAUCACAGAAAUCGCAGAGCUACCAGACUGCUGUAUAACUGAUGCUACGGAGACAGAGGCGAAAAAGCAGAAAGAUGUGCACCCGGAGCUAGCAGAGGAGGAGGUUCUCAGGCUCAAUGCCAUGACUGAGAGCAACGCAUACGUUGGAGUCCAAGUCCUCGACUCUAAUGCUAAUACUGAUGUAGAGGACUUCUUCAAGCAGGAAGACGAGGACGAGAACAUGGAUAAGGAUAACAUUGAAAGUGAGGCGGCGACACCACAACCACAAGCACCUUUCGUAAAACUCCAGCUCAACGAUAUUGACUUUUCCAGCAGGUUACUCGAUUUACAGUUUUCCAUCUCGGGUCGAAUGGAAUCGGGUUCACCGAUAGAAGGCUCCUUCAAGUUACAGAAUGGUGCAUUUAUCAAGGCAGAGGACGAUAAGAUGGAAGUGUCAAAAACAAAGAGCUUUAUUGACGCUCUUGAACUAAGCGAAGAUCUUUUGCAAGUCUUAGAGAAUGCUAAUUAG